AUGGGGUCUGAACACAAAAGGGAAUGGCAUCACCAUUUGAAAAGCACAUUAUGGGCAGACCGAAUCAUGCCUAAGAAAGAUUUAAAGAACUCUCUAUAUAAGUUGGUCUAUGGAAAGGAUGCCUUAUUCCCCAUAUCCAUGGAGAUUCCUAUCUUGCAGCUACUCAAGUCUAUUGAGGUGGCCGAAAAUGAGCCCAUGGAGGUAAGAUUGGCGAAACUCAUGAAGUUACAGGAAGCAAGGGAAGAGGCAUUUUCAUCACUUCAAAACCGCCAACAAAUCGUUAAGAGAUGGUUUGAUAACAAGAAGAGUUCUGACCCGGGACUCAAACUGGGUGACCUUAUUUUAAAAUAUAAUGAGAGGGCAGCCAAGCCAGGUCGGCAUGCAAAUUUUGAUGGUUUAUGGGAGGGACCCUUCCGUAUCACAAAUUACAAAGGAUUAAAUGCAUUUGACCUCAAGAACAUGCAAGGAGAGUCUAUCAGAAUCCUGGUUAACAGGUUUCAUCUUAAACCCUUCCACUAA